UUUUUUUUGGGAAAGAAAAAAGUUAAAAUAAGAAAAUAAUGAAAAAUGUUAUCACUAAAGAAUAGUGACUUUAAAUUCAUACUUUUUCUUGUGAAAUCCAAAUAACAUUAUCUAGUGCAAUCAUGUGGCACGAAGCAAGACGCCAAGAACGAAAAAUCCGCGGAAUGUUGGUGGAUUAUCGGAAAAGGGCUGAAAGGCGGCGAGAUUUUUACGAAAGAAUUAAAGCUGACCCAACGCAGUUUUUACAAAUCCAUGGAAGACAAUGCAAAAUUCACUUAGAUCCAGUUAUUGCUGCUGCAGCCGAUAGUGCUGUAAUGAUGCCUUGGCAAGGAAACGAAAACAACCUAAUAGACCGUUUUGAUGUGAGAGCUCAUUUAGAUUAUAUUCCUCCAGUAAAAAAGGAUGAAGACUCUGAAACCACUCAAGAAGAAAGAUACUUAAAUUAUGAAAGAUACAGAAUCAUUGCUCAAAAUGCCUAUUUAAGUAUUUCAGAAGAAAAAUUUCUAAAGCAAUUACAUUUGGAAGAACAAUUUGGAUACACUGAGACUAAAACUAAAAAAGAAUCCAAAGGAACUGGAGCUGCUAUUGGAUUCAAUUAUGAAGAUGGCACUGCCAUUGGUGCUCCACUACCAGCGCCAGAUUCUCCAGAGGAUAACUAUGAAGAUGGCAAUUCAGACAGUGAUUUAGAUGUAGACUUGGCUAUAAAUGUAUCCAAAAUUGACCCGACUCAAGCUCAUGAAAUGAAUAAACAUGGUCAACAUUUUGGAAUGGCUGGAAAUGAUUUUUAUUCCUUUUUAACAAACGAUUUAGAGGAAGCUGAAAGUUUUAAACUUGCUAAGGAGGAAGAGCACGAGAAAGCUUUGUAUUCUGGAAGAAAAUCUAGGAGAGAACGACGAGCUCACAGAGAGAAAAGGUUAGCCAACCGCAAAAUCAGCCCACCAAGUUAUGCAGCUAAGGAAUCUCCAAGUAAUCCAUCUCUUAGGGAUGAAAGCAAAUCACCUUCUAGGUCACCAUCACCUUCUCCUGAUGCUGGAAAAAUCACCUAUAUUACAUCAUUUGGAGACGACGAAGAAACGCCUUCUAGCAGCAAACCAACAUAUGCAGAUAAAGUAAAAUAUGGCAAACCCAAGAAAACUGUUCACAACAAUUUAGUCCACUUCGACAAACCGAGCCGUUCUAUCAGCGUCGACAGGAAAUCGUCUACUGGCCGAAAACGAUCCAGAAGCAGUUCGAGAUCGAGAACAUCGAAAACAAGAAGUCACAAAAAUACACAGAGUCGAUCCCGUUCACCGCACAGCAAAAGGCGUAGGUCAAAAUCUAGAAGCAGAUCCAGUUAUAGAAGUCGUUCCAGGUCCUACAGGAUAGAAAAAAACAGCAGAAGUAGAUCCAGGUCCAAUAGAAUAGAAAAAAGCAGCAGAAGUAGAUCCUUGUCUGUUAAAGCUCGGAAAGGCAGGAGUAGAAGUAGAUCUAAAAGAACAAGGUCAAGUAGGAGUAGAUCCAGAUCCAGAAAAAGUAGGAGCAGGAGUAGACAAAGACCACUUCGUCGAUCAGUUUCAUCUUCAUCACUCUCGACCAGCAGUAGCAGCAGCAUUAGUAGUAGUUCAGGAAAAUCAAGAUCUAAAUCUCCAAUGGGAAAAAGUAAGAGCAGAAGUCCAGUAGCGCCUGCACCACCAAUAAUCCGAUACUAUGGAAGAAAAAAGAGCGAUAUGAGCUCUUCAGAGUCUGACACUUCUGAGGAUGAUGGAGAUUAUGGAACUAAAUCGGAACAUGCGGGCAGUAGCGAUUCAAACCAUAGAUAUGGUAAUAAUUCAGGCACCGGCACCAAAGUCAGUAAGAACCACAAGAAUUACACCAUUUAUAACUCUGCUUUUAAUGUUUCAGGAUUGUGAUUUAAAGAAUUGUUAAAAUUUAGUUGCUGAAUAUUUCAAUAGCAUUUUUUUUUUGUUUUUCAAUUUUUAGAAACCUUCUUCCAGUUUGACAGUUAUUGAACGCCUUAGGCUCAAGAGACAGGCUUUAAUUAACAGACAAUUUAAAAAAGACAAAAUUGCCGAAGUUCAAAAAAUAAUGCGAGAAAAACAAGCUCAACAAACUAGAGAAGAUGAACUUCGGGAAAUGGCUAUUAAAUUACGGAGAAGGCAAAGAGAACUACGUCACGCCAAUGACAGAUCUUCCAGCUCGGACUCGGAAAAAAGCGACCUAUCCAAAAAGAAAGAAGCCAGCGUUUCUCCUCCGAGAAAUCGCGACAGGGGUGAAUAUAGUAGAAGUGACAAGGAUAGAGAUAGAGAAAAAGAUAAUAAAGAUGAUAGAGAAAAAAGAAGAAGCUCCAGCAGGGAUAAAAAUAGGCGCGAACGUAGCAGUAGACAUAACAGAUCUAGAUCUAGAGAUAGAAGUAGACGGUCUAGAUCCAGGUCAAGCAGAAGGUAUGACAGGGAUAGAAGGAGAAGUAGGACACCAGAGACUAGAGAGUCUUCUACUAGGAAACUAGUUGAUUAUUAAUAAUAAUAGUGUCUUAUUAUUACCUUCUAAGCAAUUAUUAUGACCUAUUACGAAGCAAUUACUAGGUCUGUUUCUGCAGAAAUCAAAAACCAUAGUGAAUUUUAUUGGUUGAAACUAGUUUUCUGACUGUUUUCAACCAAUGAAAUUCGCUCUGACUGGUUUAUAGUUUCUGUGGAAACAGACAUAUCAACUUUCCUAUUUGAAUAAUAACAAUUUAGUUUGAGUUUUACAACUCAUGAGUUUGGGGUUUAGAAUAAUGCAUAUUAUUUUUGGGUUGAUUAUAUCAUGAGUAUUUUUAUUUUAGUUUGAUAGAUUGAUUUAUAGGGUAAAAUAUUAUGUAUGUAUUUAUUGCAAUAAAUAUUUCGGGG